AUGUUAUCGGUCGCAACUUCUUCGCUAUCAGCCCUACCUUCAACCAUAAGGGAUUCCUUUUCCAGGAGUACUUCUGAUAACGAGCAAUCUAAAGGAGCGCCAGACGAGUCGCAAAAACAAUCUGGACCAAUGCUCCAUGAAAAUAAACCAGAUUCUUCAACGUCCUCACGUUCCAAUGAUUCGAAUGGAAACUCCAACCUCAGCUCUCACAAGAUUCCAGCAAUCCCAAUUGCAGGUGAUCAGCAGCGAAAGAUUGACGAAGACGGUUCUUCUACCACCUGGCAAGACAAUCUGGCUGGAUCCAGACCGCCAACAACAAAUUUGGAUAUCACAACGAUAACAACCACUACCACCUCAAACUCUCCUGCCUCUUUAAAUAUAGAGCAUUUCGACUUUAAAGAAAAUGAGCUGCCUACAAAAAGGAGGAAGAAGCGCAGCACGUUCGGAACGGAUAGUGUUUUGGAUGAUUCGUCGUUUUACAUGGACUCACCAUCUAUUGGUGGUUUCGCUCCAGCGAAUCCAAAAAGAAAUGCUGAAUUUCACGCAUUGUUUCGGAGCGUUCCAGAAAAUGAUUAUCUUAUCAAUGAGUCCGAAUAUGCUCCCAAUAAGAGCUCGGAAGAAUUGAAUGCAUCUUCAGAGUCAUGUGCGGAGAGUAGUGAAGAAGAAAAACCGACGGAUACACGUAGAAAAUUUGGAUUGCCUAAACUCACGCUUCCAAUGAAAUUUAUGCGUAAUGGUGGAGCCGCGUUGUCCGAGGAUGAACGACAAAUUCCAAAUGAUCUUGGCCAGCACGAGAGUAAGGUUCAUUCAUUACCAUCAUCUCCCCAAAAAAGCGAAUUUGACGAAAAAUCAUUGUUAAAAGGAUCAAAAGGGCAUAGGCCGAGAUCAAAAUCGGUCACCGAAUUACAAUCACCCGUCUCUGAUUUGUCAGCUUCGGAGAUUCGUUCCCCGCGAACUCAAUCCCUAUCCAUAGAUGCAAAGGUCACGGGGACGGUGGAGAAGUUAUACAACCUAUUGCUCACAAGCGAAUUUGUAAAUCGGUACUUAGAAGAGGAAGAAAAAUGUUCUGGGACCAUUGAAAGUGCAUGUGUCGAAGGUCAAGCAACCCAUUGGAAAAAUCUCAUACAAUAUAUUAAAAAAUAUAUUGCAGCACACCCUUCGGAAUUUAAAGACGAAUCAAUGUCAGCUGGACGUGAACGUGCGGUUGCCGAUUCCUCGGAAGUGAUAGAGGAAAAGCGGCAAGCUGCAGGAUUGUGGAAUAUUGUGUUUGAGAUUCCAAGCAUUCUAUAUUCAAUACUUAAACCAAUGAUUCAAAAUAUUACCGUCCCAUCAACAAAUACGGUGAUAAUAUUAGCCACGCUUUUCAUGAUGACAACUAAUGUGUAUAAUUGUCUGCUUCUACGGGACAUUGGAAGGCGGCUCGACAACGUGGCGGGAGGUAUUUCGUCGUUUACUCCCACUGGAGAAAACGAGUUUAAUAAUCGUAAUCAACGAGAAAUAUACUCGAUGUUUGAUGAUCGGGUUGAAAACGAAGACGUUCUUUGGCAAUGGCUAACCGAGAAGUCACGGAGAUAUGAGAAUAGCGGACUUCACGACGAUUCCGUGGACGAUGCGGCAUCCUCGCCUUCCCCAUCCCCCCAUGGUCAAACCGACUCUUCGUCGCUUGGCAGUGCAUGCGAUUAUAACAAAUCUCCUCACAAUCUAUAUGAAGAGAUUGAGAAUUUACAUAAGAUGUUGUGGGCAGCCGAAAGCCGUGCAAAAAAGUUGAUCGACGUCGCCGAGUACGAGAGUGCCUAUUAUCAGGAACAAGAGGGGAAAAUUAAAAAACACGAAUCGUAA